AUGACGACCCUAAAGGUCGAUCCUAGAAUGACUCGCCUACUGGAAAGGACGGGGAUCGCUCUUCGUCGGAACAAUAGGAUGCCGCCGCCACCCGCUAUAUGUGAGGAAUGGUGGGGGCAAGCAGGGGACUUUAUCAAAAGAAGACCCAAGGUUCAGCCAAAGUUCGGGCUCGGCUACCACAACACAAAGAGCUACAACACUGAAGAUGAAGGACCUGAAGACGUUUGGGUUCACUGCUUCACCAUGACUGCUGCCUUGGGAGACAACAUCAACCCCUCCUACCAAGUUCCACAACAAAAUCUUGGUGAGAUAAUGGCCGUUGAGGUCGAUGAAGAGCUCAAUGCUACAUCGGUACCUCAGGAACUUGAAGAUGGUGGGCAACCAACCAUUGAUGAGCUCGUAGAGAUCAACCUGGGGACAAAGGAUGAUCCACGGCCUAUCUUCGUUAGCGCCACGCUUACAGAAGAAGAACGUGAAUACUAUCGAAGCUUCCUGAUGGAAUACCGAGAUUGCUUUGCCUGGAACUAUAAGGAGAUGCCGGGGUUAGAUCCUCGUGUCGCCACUCACAAGUUGGCAAUUGACCCACAGUUCCAUCCCGUAAAACAGCCACCAAGGCACUUGCGACCGGAAUUUCAAGACCAAGUCAUCGCCGAGGUUGAUAGGCUCAUCACGGCGGGAUUCAUCAAAGAGAUACAAUAUCCCCGCUGGCUCGCCAACAUCGUCCCUGUGGAGAAGAAGAAUGGACAAGUUCGAGUCUGCGUUGACUUUCGUGACUUGAAUAGGGCCUGUCCCAAGGAUGAAUUCCCACUGCCAAUCACAGAGAUGGUUGUUGAUUCUACUACAGGCUUUGGUGCCCUGUCCUUCAUGGAUGGGUCAUCAGGCUAUAAUCAGAUCAAGAUGGAUCCACAUGAUGCCUUUAACACAGCGUUUAGGACUCCCAAGGGCAACUUCUACUACACAGUGAUGCCUUUCGGGUUGAAGAAUGCUGGCGCAACAUAUCAGCGUGCCAUGACAUACAUCCUCGAUGACCUAAUUCAUCACUCGGUAGAGUGCUACGUCGACGACAUGGUGGUGAAAACUAAAGACCGUAGGAACCAUCAAGAUGACCUACGAGUUGUCUUUGAGCGACUGCGUCGACACCAACUCAAGAUGAAUCCACUGAAGUGUGCCUUUGCCGUCCAAUCUGGCGUCUUCCUCGGCUUUGUCGUUCGAUAUCGAGGCAUCGAGAUUGAGCCGAAAAAGAUCAAGGCAAUCCUCAAUAUGCCGCCUCCUCAGGAGCUCAAGGAACUGAAGUCAUUGCAAGGGAAGCUGGCGUACAUCCGGCGCUUCAUCUCCAACCUUUCUGGGCGCAUCCAACCAUUUUCGAAGCUCAUGAAGAAAGGUGCACCAUUCGUGUGGGAUGAAGAGUGUCAAAACGGCUUUGACAACAUCAAAAAGUAUCUUCUUAAUCCUCCUGUUUUGGCUGCUCCUGUAAAGGGGCGCCCGCUUAUCCUCUAUAUUGCAGCACAACCUGCUUCAAUAGGCGCCCUGCUCGCUCAACACAAUGACGAGGGUAAGGAGGUGGCAUGCUACUACCUGAGCCGCACCAUGGUGGGUGCAGAACACAAUUACGCCCCCGUCGAGAAGUUAUGCCUGGCCCUAAUCUUCGCCUUAAAGAAGCUAAGGCACUACAUGUUGGCACAUGAAAUCCAGCUUGUUGCAAGAGCGGAUCCUAUAAGGUACGUUCUAAGUCAGCCUGUGCUCAUUGGGCGACUUGGUAAAUGGGCUCUGCUCAUGAUGGAAUUCGACAUCACUUUUGUGCCACAGAGGGCGAUCAAGGGACAGGCCCUGGCGGAGUUUCUUGCUGCGCACCCAGUCCCAGAUGACUCCCCUCUCGUCACAAACUUACCGGAUGAGGAAGUUUUCACCACCAAACUUGAAGCCCCAUGGGAGCUGUAUUUCGAUGGAGCCUCACGCACGGAGGCCGAGCCUGAUGGAACCCCAAGGAGGAGAGCAGGAGCGGGACUGGUAUUCAAGACCCCACAAGGAGGAGUAAUGUAUCAUUCAUUCUCUCUCCUUAAGGAAGAAUGCUCCAACAAUGAGGCGGAGUACGAGGCGUUCAUCUUUGGCCUCCUCUUGGCGCUCUCCAUGGAGGUACAUUCCUUACGAGUUCAUGGAGAUUCCCAACUCAUUGUUCGACAGAUCAAUGAUAUCUAUGAGGUUCGAAAGCCAGAGCUGGUGCCAUACUACAAUGCGGCCCAGGUACUCAUGAAAAAAUUCAACCAUAUUGAAGUUGUCCAUGUCCCACGAGGUAGGAAUGCACCAGCCGAUGCCUUGGCAAAGCUUGCUGCAGCACUCGUGCUUCCAGAAGGUGAACCCGCACAAGUGACUAUUGAAGAAAGGUGGCUCCUCCCUGCUGUUCUAGAGCUCGUCCCUAAGGAGUAUGAAGUCAACACCGUCACGACGAAUGCUGUCGAGGAGGACGACUGGCUUAGGCCCUUCCUCAACUACUUCAAGCAUGGCAGUCUCCCCGACGAUCCAGUCAAAAGACGACAACUGCAACGACGGCUCCCCUUCUAUGUCUACAAGGCGGGAGUCCUAUACAGGCGCUCUUAUGGGCAAGAAGUCCUUCUCCGAUGUGUCAACCGAAGCGAAGCUGAGAAAGUCCUUCGAGAGAUGCAUCAUGGAGUAUGUGGUGGGCAUCAAAGCGGACCAAAGAUGUAUCACAGCAUUCGACUUGCUGGAUACUAUUGGCCCGGCAUUAUGGCAGACUGUAUAAGGGUAGCAAAGAGUUGCCAUGGAUGCCAGAUUCAUGGCGACUUCAAGCAUCAACCACCAGCUGCUCUCCAUCCAACUAUUCCCUCAUGGCCAUUUGACGCUUGGGGGAUUGAUGUUAUCGGCCCGAUUGACCCUCCUUCCUCGGGAGGCCAUCGCUUCAUCCUUGCCGCUACGGAUUACUUCUCCAAGUGGGCGGAAGCUGUGCCACUACGUGAAGUCAAAAGUGGCAACGUCAUCAACUUCUUGGAACGGCAAAUCAUAUACCGCUUCGGGAUCCCACAUCACAUCACCUCCGACAAUGCCAAAGCAUUCAAGUCUGAUAAAAUGCACAGGUUCAUGGAUAAAUACAAGAUCAAGUGGAACUACUCCACCGGCUACUAUCCUCAGGCGAACGGGAUGAUCGAGGCGUUUAACAAGACCCUUGGCAAGAUACUCAAGAAGACAGUGCACAAGCACCGAAGGGAUUGGCAUGAUCGCCUAUUUGAAGCUCUGUGGGCAUACCGUGUCACAGUUCGUACCCCAACCCAAGCCACCCCAUACUCUCUCGUCUAUGGGUGUGAAGCAGUCUUGCCGCUGGAGAUCCAACUGCCAUCCCUACGGGUGGCUAUUUAUGAGGAGCUCACUCAGGAUGAACAGAUACAGCUUCGGUUCCAGGAGCUCGACGCCUUAGAAGAAGAGCGUCUCCACGCCCUCCAAGACCUAGAGUUGUAUCGCCAAAACAUGGUGAGAGCCUACGACAAGCUCGUCAAGCAACGAGUCUUCAAGAAAGGCGAACUGGUGCUUGUACUGCGACGCCCCAUCAUCAUCACGCACAAGACAAAGGGCAAAUUUGAACCGAAGUGGGAGGGGCCAUACGUCAUCGAGCAAGUAUAUGAUGGAGGUGCCUAUCAGCUGGUUGACCAACAAGGAUCCCGGCCGAUGCCCCCAAUCAAUGGGAGGUUUUUGAAAAAAUAUUUUGCUUAA